UCUUAUCCUUUUAAAUUCUCACACAUCAGCCACACUAUCCCACAAAAUAAGUCACAAGAAGAAUAUAGAGAUUCAUGAUUCUUUGAUCUUGAGAUGGAAUGAAUUGAUUCAUUUGAAUAUAAUUAGUGAGAUUUGCAUAGUUGUGUGCGCCAGUACUGGUGGUGUAUAUAAAUUAAUUAAAGCUUGUAACAGAGUGGAGCUGUAAUUCACAGCACGAGUCAUUUUCCGAAAUCAUCAGAGCCGUUUUUCUUAUCCAAACAUAUACUCCUUGGCAUCUCUGUCUCUAUAAAUAGAAGCUGAAACACACCCAAAUUUGCACACACAUAUGGUAAGUAAUUAUGGAGAUUGUGAGAGAGGUAGCAAGCAAGAAUGCGUUGGUGAUUUUCACCAAGAGCUGGUGCUGCAUGUGCCACAGUAUGAAGGCUCUGUUGUACGAGCUAGGCGCGAGCCCGGCCGUGUACGAGCUGGACCAACACCCAAGUGGCGCCCAAAUGGAGGGGGCCUUGAGGGCUCUCGGCUGCACCCCUGUCGUCCCUGCCGUCUUCAUCGGCGGCGCCUUCGUCGGCUCUGCCAAGGAUAUGAUCUCCCUCCACGUUGAAGGAUCACUCAAGCACUUGCUCAUCAAAGCCAAGGCUAUUUGGUUAUAACCCACCUCCACAUUAAUUAAUUCUUCUAUUCUCACCUCACUUACACUUAAUUUCAUCUCCACUUUCGUUGCAUCAAUGCAAUGUUAAUUAGCUCUUGUAAAUUAAAGUUUUAAUUUAUCUCGCUUUCGUUUCAUCAUAGAUGCAUGCAUGAGAUGAGAUGAGAUGAGAUCUCGUACCUUGUACAAUUCUUGAGUCUCCUAUAUCCAUGGAUUUUACUUUGUAUCUCUACUUCAAGAAAUUUGAUAAGGAAAAUACAAGAUUAAUUUCUCGUUUUGUGAUUGACAA